UACGAACGAUUGUUUUAUAAAUGAACGUUUUAAUAAAACUACGUUUCCCAAUCUUCGAGGAUCCAUUCCCUUAAGCUCGUGUGGAACAGAUUUCUUUUCAAUAUAAAUGAGUGGCAUGCGGCGGUGAUUUAUAAUAGACACGGAUGUAAAGCGUUGGAAAACCGGUCUACAAGUUAUGUCACCAACUGAUAACGUGAAACGCUAGCUUUAUGGGUGGAACUAUUAGUACACAUGAUUGUACUUUUUUUACUCAUUCUACUUACUGUGUCAACGAAAUACAGCGAUAAUUAGACAAUACGCGGCUACGCGUUGCACAAACGUUACACAGCAGCCGCAUUAGCGUUGACAAGCUAUUAGUUAUAAGGGACAGUUCGUGUCAUUCGAGUUCCGUUGCUUUUUAAUUCCUCGACAAAGAAAACUUAUUUGAAAUUCCUAUUAAUCAUCACGAAUUGCGAUACGCGUUCGUCAUCGAGAUACACUUUAAUGGAUCGUCAUGCUUUCCGUUUCUGAACGAAUGAAUAUUGAACAUAGGAACAUGGAUGGACUGUCAAAUCCAAAGAUGUUCUCAAGGCUGAGUCGAACAAAACCGUAUUCCUUUUAGCAUAAUUUCCAGACAAUAUAAAGAACAGACAAUGAACAGAAGAGAGGACAAGAGCCAAGGAAUCGCAUAAGAUACUUGCGACAUCGCGAUGCUCGGAAACUGGGUCGUUGUUUAAUGCAUAAUUUCUAUCGUUAUUUCCUUAUAUCGCUAAGGGACACCUUGUACAUAGCAAUGCCGAUAUUGUCUAUCAGACAGAUGCAUGUGACACAACGAACAAUGUUAGCUCGCGACUAGAACACGCGUCCACGAUAUAGUAUCAGCCUCGAUGUCGAUCUACACAUAACGGGAUUUAGCGUUCGCAACUCGCGAAUAAUAUUUAUUUGUUAAUAUGUCGUGAUUUUUCGAAACUGAAUAACUCCUGAAAUUGUAUUAGCUCGAAACGGUUUCCUGAGAUCGGCCAGGAUUCACCAGAUUGAUAAAAUCGAGUGUUUAUAUUGCGAAGCGAUAUCGGAUCAACCGCGAUCUUCUAUCUCAUUUUUACCGGUAACGUCGUGUAUCGUUAUCAUAGUACAGAUAACAACAGUCAUGCCGGGACUCUAUCUUUGCCGAUUGCGUCAGCUGCGUUUAGAAUCCGUUUCGAAUUCGUCGCGAAAAUAGAAGAACAUCCUUGGAUACAUGAAUUAACGAUUCGCCCGCAGAGAAUAGAGAUAGCGUUUACAUUUAGUUAUUAAUUUGAAUUUGGCUUUCAUCGGUUCGCGAGAAUGAAGUACUUGAAGGUGUUAUUUCUUGUUUUACUGUGCCGUGAAUGGGAAAUGUCCGACGCCGUAGACCCGAAGAUCCUGGCGCUGUGCAUCUCUCAAAAUUCAUGCGAGAAUUGUCUCCAAGCAAGUAACUCUUGCGCUUGGUGCAGCGAUUGGGAUUAUACGAAUUCGGCUAUCGAAAAGCCCCGAUGCAACACGUUGGAGAGGCUGAAGCAGUUCGGUUGUCCGUCAGAAGAAAUUCGUACCACUCCUUCGGGAUCGGUAACGCUCCUCGAGGACACUGACUUUCAGGACAUGGAACCGGAACGAAUACCGAUACAAUUGAGACCGCAGAGAAUAAAAGUCAGAAUUCCGUCCCACGUCGAGGUCGAGAUUCCAAUUCGUUAUCGGCUGGCUAAAAAUUAUCCUCUGGAUCUCUAUUAUUUGAUGGAUCUGACAUGGACAAUGAGAGACGACAAAGAAACCAUGGUUAGAUUGGGAUGGAACAUGAGCCAAACGUUAGGCAUGCUCACCAACAAUUUUCGUUUAGGCUUCGGUAGCUACGCGGACAAGCCUGUGAUGCCGUUCGUUUUCCCAGGGCAAGAGGAAAAUCCCUGUAAGGGCAUGCACUCCACUUGUUCUCCUGUCUACUCUUACUGGCAUCGUUUGCCACUGACCAACGACAUUGAACAGUUCGUCAAAAAAGUGGACAGCAGCUCAGUGACUGGAAACGCAGACAACUUAGAAGGGGGGCUGGAUGCGAUCGCCCAGGCGAUCAUUUGCACUAAACAAAUCGGUUGGGGACACUAUGCGCGGAAAAUUAUAUUAGUAGCUACCGACGGAUUUUUACACUUUGCUGGCGAUGGAAAGCUAGGCGGUGUCGUGAAACGGCAUGAUUUCAAAUGCCAUCUCGAUGAACGUGGGCUGUACACUCAGUCCACGGAAUUCGACUACCCUUCCCUGGCGGAAUUGUCACGGUUAUUGCAACAGAAUAAAGUCAUUGUAAUAUUCGCCGUAACGGAGGAUCGACGCAACGAAUACGAGCACAUCGCCAAAUUGUUGAGGGGCAAGGCCAAUGUCGGGACUCUGUCCUACGACAGUUCAAACAUCCUGGACAUCAUCAAGAGCGCUUAUCACCAGAUCACUUCGAAAGUGAUUUUGCACGAUAAUUCGACGAGCCCGCUACGAGUGAAGUAUCUCUCCAAUUGUGGGAAUGAGAACACUCACGAGUGGAACACUUUCGAAUGCGAUCACAUAGAAGAGGGAGAGGUGUACGAUUUCAAAGUUGUUCUGUCUUUUGACAAGUGUCCGGAGGAUCAAAAUCUGCGGAAACAGACAGUCGUAAUCGAGGAUGCUUUAGCUUCUGAACUGUCUAAAAUAGUGAUCGACGUUGAACUCCUCUGCGGUUGCAAUUGCCAAGAUUCGAAAAGUUCUCGCUGCGAUCAUGGGACAAACGAAUGCGGCAUUUGCAAAUGCGACUUCGGUUGGUCAGGGGAAACUUGCGAUUGCAAUGAGAACUUAUCGCUGAACAACGUGCAGCAAUGUAUAGACGGGAACUCGUCGAAAAUUUGCUCGCAGAGAGGCGACUGCGUUUGCGGCAAAUGUUUCUGCGAUGAAGGGUACAAAGGAAAAUUUUGCGAAUGUUCCGCAUGCGACAAGGUCGACGGAAUCGAGUGUGCGAACAAGGGCACUUGUCAAUGCGGUGUUUGCCAAUGCAUAGAAGGCUGGGAGGGAAACGCCUGUCAAUGUCCAUCGACGGAUGACCUCUGCAUAGCGCCGGGAAGUAAAGAAAUUUGCGCUGGUCAUGGAUAUUGCGACUGCGGAGAGUGUCGGUGCAACGUGACUGCAUCAGAUGGAUUAUAUUAUCGAGGCACCUAUUGCGAGUCAUCCAUCAGCGCUGGUUAUAGUGCCCUUUGCGUCGUUUACAAUGAGUGUGUUAACGCCACUGUUGAGGAGCCGGAAAAGGCCGCUGAACUUUGUCGAACAAAUAUUACCACUUAUAACACCGUAAAAGUAAAGUCUGUCAAUAGAGGAGACGAACAUUAUUGUUUCUUGAAAACAGUGAAGGAUGAGAGAACCACCUGUGUUAUACACUUUGUGUACGAAUUCCAGAAAGAUAAUCACGUUGUUACUUUGAAAAUUCAGGAUAAGAUCUGUAGCACAGCCCUAAACAAAGCAACAGUGUUAUCCGCGAUCGCUCUUUUGAUAGUCGCAUUAGGAGUCAUAUGUUUGUUGAUUUGGAAGGCUUGGACAACGAUUCAAGAUAAAAAGGAGUGGGAAAAGUUCCAAAGAGACAGGAAGAAAACUAUAUUCAGUUCGAACACUAAUCCUUUAUUCAAAUCGGCUGUCACUAAAUUCACGGUUCCUCAGCAGUUUAAAAAGGAUUAGAACAACUCAAUGUUAAUUUAUGUCGA